AUGGGACUACUUGACAUUAUAAAGUCCUUCAAAUCAAACAAUGGACGUGAGAUUCGUAUUUUACUAUUGGGUCUUGACAACGCCGGUAAAACAAGUAUUCUUAAGCAGUUAUCAUCCGAAGAAAUCACCAACGUCACACCAACUCGAGGAUUUAACGUUAAAAGUGUUGUCACUAACGGUGAUAUUCGUCUGAAUGUAUGGGAUAUCGGUGGUCAGCGUUCAAUACGACCAUUUUGGAGUAAUUAUUUUGAAAACACGGACGCACUGAUCUAUGUGAUUGAUUCGAGUGAUCGGAGACGAUUUGACGAAACCAGCGUUGAGUUGAUGGAAUUGUUGGACGAGGAAAAGCUCAGUGGUGUUCCGGUGUUGGUGUUCGCCAAUAAGCAGGAUUUGGCCUCGUCGGCACCAGCAUCUGAGAUUUCCAAGCGGCUGAAGCUCACCGAAAUCCGAGAUCGAAUCUGGCAGAUCCAGGGUUGCUCAGCGCUGACCAACGAGGGCGUCUCAGAAGGAAUCAAAUGGGCCGUUGAUUUAUUGUACGACGCAGAACAUCUGCACUAUUUCUUCACAGACCGAGACGGAACACUGAAAAGUUACGCUUGCAGUUAUCCAUCAAGCAUUCAACCUGCCUACUCAGGUGUUAUACAGGCUCAAUUCGCCCGGCGUUGUGCUCAGACAUGCUGCAUCCUCACCACGGCGCCGUUGAUGCACAUUGGUGUGCUGGACGUGUCGACGAUUCCGCCUGGCUACUACUAUUAUGGAGCAUCAGCUGGUCGGGAGUGGUUUGUUGAUCCGACGAACAAAUUCAAGGACACCAGUAUUUCUGAAAAGGAUCUAAUGUUGCUUGACGAGGUUUUCCAAAAGAUCUCUCUGCUUCUUGAACGCCAAGAAUUUCGGGUUUUCACAUGGGUCGGCUCUGGAUUGCAAAAACAUUACGGACACCUCACCAUUGCUCAUCAGGAUAUUUAUGGUUCAGAGGGAAAUAUCUUGGUGUGUGGUGAUUCCGUGACAGAUCUACCGAUGUUACAAGAAUGUCUGACACGAAAUCCUUCCGGGGUCUACACGAUAUGGGUCACUACCGAUUCCAUCCUUCAGCAGAAGGUGAAAUGCCAUUUUCUAGUUUAUUAA